CGAACGAAGAAGCUCCGGCCAUGGAGAACAACAACUCAUGCAUCAAUCUGGGAGGCAAGGGUUCCUCGCUUUCCUCGUCUUCCGUUUUUGCCAUUGCCAAUGAUCUCGCCAAGCUUGGGUUCGAAAACUCCGCCCUGCAAAGGUUGGCCAUUGCCGAUUCUCGUUAUGGAGCUUCCGUCAAGCCUUACAAGCUCGACUUCCCCAAUCUGUUAACCCUAGAGGAAAAAAAGUCGGCCCUUGUUGUCAUCUUCAACAACCUCCUCCUCUUCUCCGCCGCCACUGACACCAUACGCUCCAUCCUCCCAAAUCGAAUUUCAUCCGCCUUGGACGACACUUCUCGACCGCUCGAAAUCGAUUUGACGGAGGAGGAAGUUCGUGCGGUCGAGAUAUUGAGGCCAAUUUCUGUUCUGUAUGGAGCCAUUGCGCUUGUGGAUCACAAGUCUUCAGCUUUAUCUGCGAUUGCCGACGCUGUGGCGGCGAUAUCAUGCGAAUCAUCGAGAUCGGAUGUUUCGGCUUUCGAGUUGACGGAUCCUGGAGAUGGAUCCGCCGACAAGGACGAAAUCGGCAUCGCCGCCGACGUGAAGGUGUUGCUGAAUGGGUCGAAGCUGGUCGGUAAGGCGAAAAGUGAAGAAGCGGUGUCGAGAAUCCCCAAAGUCCACGCCUUUUUGAGGAAGCAGUCGCGGCUGGUGCAUUCGGUGGCAAGAGUGGAGUUGAAGUCCGCCGUCAAAUCGGGCAGUGGCGCGGCGGAGACUGUGCGGAAUUUGUUUUCGUCGUUGGCGACGGCAUUGUGGGACUUUGGAAGGUACAGUUAUGGCCGUGCCAAGCUGAAUUUGGUUUUGGUGGUUGAUGGUGAUGUGAAAUCGAGUUUGGUGGGUUUGUUUGAGGAGAAAUGUCCGAGUGCUGAUACGUUGAGAAGUGAGUCUAAGGUGGUCUCGGAAUUGGUCUUUGGCGGGGAAGAGAACUAUGACAGUUUAGGGCAUCAAGUGAAUGUCUUAGUGGGGCUUGUGUGGAAGAUUGUGGCUUGGGAGGCCAUUACUGCGUUUGUGGCUCUUGAAGGUGCUGAAUUGAAGGAGAAGAGUCAAGAUGGUGAAGUAAUUAGUGUUAACAAGAAGAGUGAGAAGAAGAAGAAGGUGCUUUUGGGGAAAGGAACUAGUGUUCUAAUCCAGGUGAUUAAGAAUAGAUUAGGGAGUAAAGUGAGUGGUUCUGAUGGCUCAGGAGGGUUGUUGGAGAAAUGGGUUGAGGAGCUGUUGUCGUUUUUCGAUCCGAAGGACUUAGAGUUUGAUAAUUUGUUGAGCAAAGUGAAGGAGAUUGUGGAGGGCAAUGAAGCUAGAAGACUUCCCAAGCCUCCAAAGGGUACUCGUGAUUUUUCUAAAGAACAAAUGACGGUAAGAAAGAAAGCCUUUUCAAUCAUAGAGGAUGUUUUUGAGAAGCACGGUGCCACUGCCCUGGACACUCCGGUUUUUGAAUUAAGUGAUGUUCUCAAGGGAAAAUACGGUGAAGAUUCAAAGUUAAUUUAUGAUCUCGCUGACCAGGGUGGAGAACAUCUUUCUCUGCGGUAUGACUUAACUGUUCCAUUUGCUAGGCAUAUGGCUUCAAAUGGUUUAACAUCCUUGAAAAGGUACCAAAUAGGAAAGGUUUACAGAAGAGACAACCCAUCUAAAGGAAGGUAUCGUGAAUUUUAUCAGUGUGAUUUUGAUAUUGCUGGUCAAUAUGAAAGGAUGGGGCCAGAUUUUGAAGUUAUUAAGAUUUUGACUGAACUACUGGAUAAACUGAACAUCGGAGAUUAUGAG